AUGGCUUUUGGUGACCUCCUGGAGCAAGUGGGAAGCACAGGUCGCUUCCAGUUCCUCCAUGUGACCCUCCUCAUCACCCCCGUGCUGUUGAUGGCCAGUCACAACCUGCUGCAGAACUUUGUGGCCGCCGUGCCCGCUCACUACUGCAGCGCUCACACUAACCUCUCUCAGUCCCAGCUGAGCCCGGAGCAGAUGCUUCUCGUCACCGUGCCGCUGGACCAGACAGGGAAGCCGGAGAGGUGUCAGCGUUACGUCACCCCUCAGUGGCACCUCGCAGCUGAGAACAACACCUCUGGCUUCUCGGAGAAGGAUCUGUACGAUGUGGGGGAUGCUGACCUGCAGGGAUGCACAGACGGGUGGUCCUACAACAUGACUGAGCAUGGCUCCACGAUCAUAUCUGAUUUUCACUUGGUGUGUGAUAUGCGCUCUUUGAAGCAAAUGAGUCAAACUGUCUACAUGGGAGGGGUGCUGGUAGGAGCUUUUCUCGUUGGAGGCCUGUCAGACAGGUAUGGUCGACGCAUCCUCCUGCUCUUCUGUCACCUGCUGAUGGCUGUGGGAGGAACAUGCGUUGCUUUCUCCACCUCCUUCUCUCUCUUCUGCCUGUCCCGGUUUGCAUGUGGCAUGGCUUUAUCCGGCAUGGGGCUCAACACCUUCUCACUCAUUGUGGAGUGGAUCCCCACUCGGGUGCGGACUGUUGUGGGGACAUUAACAGGUUACUGCUACACAGUGGGGCAGCUGAUCCUGGCAUGCAUAGCCUACUUCAUCCGGGACUGGAGGUGGUUAACCCUAACUGUGUCUCUGCCCUUCUAUGUAUUUUUCCUCUACGCAUGGUGGUUUCAUGAGUCUUCAAGAUGGUUAGUCUUGAGUAACAACCCUGAGAAAGCCAUCAAGAACCUUAAGAGUGUGGCCAAAUUCAACGGGCGCCGCGAGGAGGGAGAUAAAAUUGACAUUCAAAUGGUGCAGGAGUCUAUGAAGAAAGAGUUGUCCUGUUCUAAGGGCACUUACACCAUCCUGGAUCUGUUCCGCACCACCACAAUGAGGAACAUGACAAUCUGCCUCAGUGCCGUCUGGUUCUCAACAAGCUUCGCCUACUAUGGCCUCGCAAUGGAUCUGCAAAAGUUUGGAGUGGAUAUCUAUUUAAUCCAAGUGAUCUUCGGAGCUGUCGACAUCCCUGCUAAAGUUGUCAUAACUGUGACGAUGAGCUUUUUCGGGAGACGUCCAUCACAAUGUGGAGCUGUCAUAGUUGGUGGAUUGAUGAUUUUGGCCAACCUGCUGGUGCCCUAUGAUAAACAGACUCUGCGCACCAGUCUGGCUUGUGUGGGUAAAGGUUGCCUGGCUGCCUCCUUCAACUGCUGUUACCUUUACACUGGAGAGCUGUACCCCACCAUUAUUCGUCAGAAUGGUAUGGGCUGGGUGUCUAUGAUGGCUCGUGUAGGAUCCAUGGUGGCCCCAAUGGUGCUUCUAAUGGGGGACUACUUGCCUUGGAUACCAGGUUUGAUCUACGGAGGAUCGCUUAUAUUAAGCGGAGCGGCAGCUAUAUUUCUCCCUGAAACACUUGGAUCACCUCUUCCUGAUACAAUACAAGAUGUGGAAGACAGGGGAUCUGGGAGAAGCUCCAAAAAGACACCAAAGGAAGCAAUAAUCUUGCAAGACACCCAGUCGAAUCUCCUAAAGCAGGUUGCCUGAGGGCAUCUCUGCUCUGCUCCUGACAUUUUUACUGACAUGUUAAUGAAAGUAGAGUGGGUGCUGCUUUUUCUCUGGCCUGCUUAUUUGUUUGAUUUUCAUUUUGAGUGCAUUAUUUGUUGUGAACGCCGGAAAAUGGAGUUUGAAUGUUAUUGUUAACAGGUCAAUAUAAUGAAAUGACUAGCCACAAACAAUCAGACAUGGUUUACUUUAUAUACUG